AUGAGUAGAUCUGUAAAGUCUGUCACGACGCAGGGUAAGAAGAAGCGGGCCGUUGCCACAUGUGUGUGCACGCAGACCGGGGAAUUCUCCAUAAGAAUCAACAAGGUUCCUUUCAAGCUCAUUACAAACACCCUGAUGAUUGCAAAGCUGAAGGAAAUCAUAUGCAUUGUUGAGCAGGCUAACAUCAAAGAUCUUUCGUUCGACAUAACAUGCAAGAUUGGGGGGGAUGUUUCUCGUGUGUAUGCAGUAAGAAUGGCAUUUGCUAAGGCAAUACUUGCGUUUUACGGAACUUACUUCGAUGAGUGGAAAAAGCAGGAAAUACAAAAAAGGCUGCUGGACUUCGACAGGUUUAGUCUUGUUGCUGACUCAAGGAAGCGGGAGCCAAAGAAAUUCGGAGGACCUGGUGCUCGUGCAAGGUAUCAAAAGUCUUAUCGUUGA